UAUCAAGAUGGCAGCCUCCAGUAAACUCUGGGAGAGAGCGACCUGCUAUGAGCUUGGGCAUGUUUGGACUCCUUCUUGCUUGGCAUCUACGUUAUCCAUAGCUAAUGCAUCAGUGAAGUAUUCUUUCAAGUUAUAUGCUGCAUUCUACUUAAUCUCACACACAUAUGGACGACUGAGGAAGAAACAGAGGUUGUCAUGGUCACGAGUACUAUCCUACCUCGGUGAUGUGCUCCAGUCGACAUCCUUUCUUAGUAGCAAUGUCACACUAGUUAUAGCUGCAUUCUGUGUAUUUAGACAUAUAUGUGGUGGAUUCUAUACUGGGUUUGGUUUCCUGUCCUCCUUCCCUGCUUGCUGCAUAGCCAUAUUGACUGAGAGGAAAAGCAGGAGAGGAAUGCUAGCACUGUACACAACAAAUCUUGCAAUGGAAGUACUCUUUAACAUGUGUAAGCAGAGAGGAUUUGUCAGCCCAAUCAAAAAUGGAGAAGUUCUGUUGUUUGCAGCUGCCUCAGCAAUAAUCUUCUUUCUGCUCAGGAAAGGAAACUGUCUCACUAAAGAUGCCAAGUCAGCGCUCAAGUUGUUGGUUGGUAAUUCAGAGAUGCCUGCCUCUGAACAAGAGUCCAACCAAGACACAGGUCCCUCUUCAAGUCAUCCUGGACAACAGGACAGUCCUUCAUUCACUCAGUUCUUACCCAAGAUGCUUCAGACAACUAUUACCAACUUCAUCAACAGAUUAAAAGACCUGAGCAAGCAUUCCUUGUGUCUUCAUGAAUCCAGCUGUCUAUACUACUCCUUAGAGGCAUUCUUGAGGAGGUUUUUCUUGGGUUAUACGAUCCAAGGCUUCAUCAAUGUCCUCAGAGCCUUAUCCAGUGCCUUCAGCAACCCUGGAGAAAUCCCCAGGGCGCUCUACCACAAGGACAACUUCUCUCUAGGUCUCUUCCUUGGCUUCUACUCAGGUCUGUUCAGGAGCAUCAGUUGUCUACUGCGUAGGCUACGGAACAAAGACAACCCCAUCCAUGGACUUCUAGCAGGUUUCAUAGCUGGACUAUCAGCCAUGUUCUAUAGGAGCAAGACACUCUCGCUCUAUCUCACAUCUAAGGCUGCUGAGAACGUCUUUUUCAAGCUUCAAGACUUGAAAUACCUUCCCAUCAUUCCACACGGUGAUGUCCUCCUUUAUGCACUGACUACUUCCGUUGUCCUACAGGCAGCCGUCUUUGAACCUCAUCAAAUCAGACCGGCUUAUUGGAAGUUCCUUUGUGGUCUGACAGGGAACAAAUUUGCCUUGAUGAACCGUAAGCUGUUGGACGUCAGUGGAACGCAAGCCUCCAAGCUCUACCCAGACUACUGGCCACAGUACGAUACAAGGUUCACUCCUAAUCUACAGGCUGCUGGUCUAGUAUGAGCCUCCAAUCUUGAGCCAAAAUCUGUGGUCUAAAUUGAAACCAUGGUCUAGAUCUUGCUUAAAGCCCCGGUGUACUACUUGUAGCUACUUGCACCCUCUAUAUAGCAAACAAUGCCUGAUUGGUGUCUGUUGGUCCUCCAUAAUCCUCUUUUUCACAUGUUAAUUGAGAGCUGAUUUGAUGAGCUAACCACCUGUCAGUGACCUUGCUGGGAGGUCUUAUUGCCCUGGCCAAACUAGUGCAGACAGGCUUUUAAUUGAAACCAUGGUCUAGAUCUUGCUUAAAAUUAAGUUGGAUUAAAGCAAGUGUAAAUGAGCGCAUAUUGCCUGUGUAUUGUGCCUCAUGUAUGAAUUUAUGUCUUUGGAUUACCCACUGAUGUAGCCCUACCGUCCAAUGCUAAUCAUGUUUGGAACAACUCCUCUGAUUUAUCCAGGGCCAUUGCUAGACCAUCUUGAAUAGGGUAGGGAGGUCAAGACCCCUUCCCUGAUAAUGCCCUUCAUUUCUGACCCUUUGUAGCAAUGCCCCUGCGGAUACUAAAUUCACCUGUGUUCACAAAUACAUUCAAGAAGCUUGGUUUAAAAAAAUAUUAUUAUUACCGUUAAUUGGAUAACACCUUUAAAACAAUUAAUUAAAAUAUUUCCAGAGAGUGCAUUCAAAGGGAGUAAAUAUAGCGUAAUAUCAUGAUGGUUGAAUUAAAAAUGACUGGACAAUAAUUGUCCUUGGUGUUCCUGUAUGGUAUCUGUACAUUGGCAAAAUUUGAUGCACAAACUCCAUUACAGGUAUAUAUACUGAAAUUUGUUUCCAUUUGUGUGUAGCAAGUUAUGACAUGCCUGCACCACAUAUCACUCUCAUUCUGUUUUGAUCUGUGAGUUUCCAAGAUACUCCUCCAUUCUGAAUCGUCAGGUUUUGUUUUGCUUGUUAAAUUCAUUUUCUUGAAUGCAUUUGAGAAUCGGUGAACUCCAAGGAGAGGAAUUUCUUGUUUGUAAUCCAGCUGGUAAGAAUUUAUGCAAUAUCAUGUGCUUAAAGUAGAAAUUGUGACAAUCAUUGUGAAAUCUACCUUUUCUCUUUCUGUAUGCAAUGAAUUAUUACAUGUUACUGUAAGGUGUGAUGUGCUAAGACUGCCAUCAUUUAGGAUGCAUAUUUAUGUAUAAUGCUAGAGUCACAUCACCUUUGCAGGAGAAAGAGGAAAAAAAAAAGGGGGGGGGGGGCUGUUAUGAACAUGACAUGCCUGUUUCUAUCUUCCAAUACUGUAGGUGAUAAGUGUACAACGUUAUUGUGAUGUUACAAAACCAAAAAUCUUGUUUAAGAAUAUCAUAGCAUUACAAAACAAAAAUCACUUAAAUAGGCUACACCUUUUGGUGAAAAAUUCUCACUUAAUUAUCAGUAGCCCUCAAGAUUUUUUCUUUAAGAGUUGUCUAUAUGAAUCAUUAAUUUUUGUUGAUGAGCAAUUAUGUUAUCUUUGUAAAUAAGAAAUACUAUAACUGAAAUGAAGUGUGUGCUGUAUGUGAUAUUCUCUAAAAUCUAGAUAUUGAAUUGUUCUGAUAUGGUGAUAAUGAAGAAUUAUAAAAGAAAAGCAGUGUUUGCUGGUGCUUGUACUAAAACAAUGAAUUAUGGUGUGUGUUGAAAUGUAGCACAUACCUGCAUUAAAAUUGACAUGACUUAUUAGAUCAAAAUAAUUUGUGUACCAUCAUAAUGGAGGAAAUUCUUUUUGUUAGCCCUUAAUAAGAUAGAUUUAUAUUGAAUGGGCUAUCACAGUAGGAUAUCAAGACAUGUGUGUUAUAUAAAUAAAGUAUUAAUACUCUGUGAGUAUACCAAAGUA